CACCACUUACCAAAUCUAAAUUCCAAAAUAAUUCUCUCUUUUUCGACCUUCUUCCAUUCACCUCUUCCCUCCUUUUUAGUUCUUUCUCUUCUACAUAUCUCCAUGUCUCCUUUCUCAAUGUUUCAAUCCCUCUCAACACAAAGAAUACAAAAUCUAUUAUGCAUCCCAUCUAUAUACAACACAAAGGAUACAAAAUCCAUACCAGAUCAUUGAUGCCUCUGUAAAUUAAGUUUUCUUAUUGGAAGAAGAAGAAGAAGAAAAAGAAAAAGAGAAGUGAGUUGGAGGCUUAUUCUUGCACAUGGGUGGCAGAGUUAUCUAUUCUUUGUUGUUCUUCCUAUGUGGUACGAGAAUUGCAGCAGUUGGACAUUCGAGCAAACAAGAUAAUGGAGCACUACAACUUCAUCGUCUCACUUCUAUUUCCACUAGCCAAAAGGAUAUUACUACUCCGAUAACCACUGUUCCGACGACAAUUCCGACCAAUAUUCCUACUUCGUCAACUCCCAUCGUAAACUCGAACUCAGAUCCCGAUUCUACAUCGCCGGUGAUAACUCCAACCACAACACCAUCACCAGUAUCUCCUGGAGCUAGCUGGUGUGUAGCCAGUCCAAGUGCAUCACCGACGGCGUUACAAGUAGCUCUGGACUAUGCUUGUGGUUACGGUGGUGCAGAUUGUUCGGAGAUUCAGGGCGGUGGAAGUUGUUAUGAUCCCAAUACUGUUCGUGAUCAUGCUUCAUAUGCUUUUAACAACUAUUAUCAGAAGAAUCCAAUCCCAAGCAGCUGCAAUUUUGGAGGAACUGCUGUUACCACUAGCACUAAUCCAAAAUAUUUUUCAGGCAGUGGGACAUGUCAUUAUCCAUCCACUAGCAUAAGCUCGUCAGUGUUGAACAUCACAAAUUCAAAUGGAGCAACUGUAUAUGGAGCAGUACCUUCAAGCCCUUCUAACCCAGCUGCUGCAUCUGCCAAAAUUAGUAAUCAAAUUAAUUUUAGGUUAAUUGUAUUUUUCAUUAUUAUGGUAGCUGCUAUUUAAUUAAAUUUUAUAAAACAAAUUAAAGAAAAUACGACUUUUUCAACCAUCAAUUAUAUACGGAGAUAUAGCCAAAUUGUUAGAUUCAAAAACAUUAUCAUGCAGUACUUUACACAUCUUCUUUUCGACGUUUUUGGUUUUAGUUUCGGUUUCUCUCAAAUCACUUUGGCUAUUGUUUAUUAUUAUUAUUUUUUUUCAAUAACAGAUAAGGAGAGUAAAAGGAUUAAGCAUUCUAGUCCUGAAAAUGGAGCUGUAAAAUAAGCUUCAGAAUAUUAAGCAUUUAACAGAUCCCACACUAAAAAUCAAUCAAUAAUAACGAUUGUCACCAAAAUCAAUUAACAAAAUAAUAAAUUAAAACCUCAAACUUAAAUAUUAAUUUCAAUGUUAAAUUUAUUUAUGGGGGUAUUAAAAUCAAUUAUGGAUAAUCUUGAAUUUGAGCUUAUAAAAAUUGACGCUUAUGUUUCAAGGGGA